UCACUAGUUUCGAUAAAGUGGAGAGAGGGGAGACGCCAGUGCUUGAAAUCCAAAACCAUGAGAAGAAGAAAUCUCAGAACCGAGAUCUCGGAGAGUGUAAAAUGGAGUAUUGAUUCCCAAAUGGAAGUCCAAGUUGAGAGGUCGGGGUCCUGCAACUGCAAGAUGAGUGUUCUCCUUCUAUUUUGUCUGUUACUAUUCUCAGAUUGGCAAAUAGCUGCCGCUCGAGCGCUGAGGCCUGGCUUCCUUUACACCAGGACCAGAGGAAGAUGUACUCCGCAGUUCUGGAGUGGAAGGAGGGAGAAGUGGCCCAGAAUGGUACCGGAGACGUCUACUGUGUGGAAGGUGUUCGGUUCCAGGACUUACGAGCGGUACAGUUGGGAUCUGACAUUGGCGGAGGCGACUGCGAGGAACGACCAAGAGAACGCGUUUGGGAGGCUGGUGAAGGAGGCGAGCGCGGCGCUGCUGAACUCGUACACGAGAGAGGGGUAUCCGUACAGACCUUGGCAGGUCAAGACGCUGCUCAUUCAAGCAUUGGUGUCGGAAGCUGCAGCUUCGUCUCAAGCCAAGCGCUUCUCAUCGGCUAAUCUUGCUUGUGACUGAUCCUAUCAACCCCGCUAUAUCACACUCUUAAAUCCAUUCUCUUGUUGGUGUGGUGUGAUCUUCGUGUUGAUUCGGUGCAUUUUACUUACUGGUUGUGUGUCUCUCAAUUUAGUAUUGAUUUCACUCGUCAAUCAAAUCUUGAACUUGCUUCGUCUUUCUACAUUUAUCUUUUAUAUUUGCCUCCUACUCGUCGCCGACAUUAGGUUCUGCGAGAAACUCAAUCGAAUCUAUUAUGCUUUAGCAUCGCAA